UUUGAGCCUUUCUGUAUUAGGUCUUCGCUUCUUAGUACCCUCAGCACUUCCGUAGCUGGGAUCUGAGGUCACUGCAGGACUUGGAAUCCGCGUACUUCCACUUCAGCAUAUUUUUGACAUUGAGGAUUGACUUCUAAAGAGUCAUAUUACCCGAGGAAGAAGCACAGAAGAAGAAAAGAGUGAAUUCAGGAAUGGCUCUUACUCAGAGCCCUUUGACAUUCAGGGAUGUGGCCAUAGAAUUCUCUCAGGAAGAGUGGACGUGCCUGGACUCUGCUCAGCAGACUUUAUAUAGGGACGUGAUGUUGGAGAACUAUAGGAACCUGGUCUCCCUGGGUGAGGAUUACUUUUCUCCCGAAGGUGUCUCUUCUAUAUGUAUGAUAAAUGAAUUUCCACCUAAAGAGAGCAAUAGUAUAGAAGAAAUAUCCCCCACAGUGAUGUUGGAAAGGCAUGAAAUCCAUGACAUUGAAGACUUUUGUUUUAGGGAAAUCCAGAAGAAUAUAUGUAACUUUGAAUAUCACUGGAGAGAUGACGUAAAACGUUGCAGUGCAGUCCAUAUGACCCCUCAGGGAAAUCUCUCUAGAAGGAGAGAUCAGCAUGAUAGAAGGUAUUCAGGAAACAAGCUUAUUAAUAAUCAGCUGAGAUUGAACACCCAGUCAGAUCUACCAGAACUGCAGCUAUUUAAGGCUGAAGAGAAAAGUUAUGACUGUAAUCCCAUGGAGAAGUCUAGCAAGAAUGAUUCCUUGGUUUCCCCAACCCACAGAAUUCCUUCUACUGUGAAACCACACCUUUCUUAUAAACAUGUGUAUGAUCCUAUGGAUUCAUUAUUCAUGCCAAGAGAGAAACCACACAAAUUGACAGAACAUUACAAAUGUACUGAGUGGGACAAGGCCUUGAAUCAUGGGUUACAUUUUACUAUUCAUGAAGUAAUGCAUGCAGAGAAGAAACAAUUUAAAUGUGACAUAUGUGGCAAGGUGUUCAAUAAAAAAUCAAGCCUUGGAAGUCAUCAGAGAAUCCAUGUUGGACAGAAAUCUUACAAGUGUAAUGACUGUGACAAGGUCUUCCAGCAGAUUUCACAGCUUACACGACAUCAGAGAAUCCAUACUGGAGAGAAACCUUACAAAUGUAAUGAAUGUGGCAGGGUCUUCAAUCAGAUUUCACAGCUUAUACGACAUGGGAGAAUCCACACUGGAGAGAAACCUUACAAAUGUAAUAAAUGUGGCAAAAUGUUCAGUAAUAAUUCAAACAUGGUACAACAUCUGAUAAUCCAUACAGGAGAGAAACCUUACAAAUGUAAUGAAUGUGGGAAGGUCUUUAAUCAUAUUUCACGCCUUGUACAACAUCAGAGAAUUCACACUGGAGAGAAACCUUACAAAUGUAAUGAAUGUGGCAAGGUGUUCAGUCAAAAUUCACACCUUGCAAGUCAUCAAAGAAUUCAUACUGGAGAGAAACCUUACAAAUGUAAUGAAUGUGGGAAAAUGUUCAGUCAGAAGUCAUCCCUAGGAAAGCACUGGAGGAUUCAUACAGGAGAAAAACCUUACAAAUGUAAUCAGUGUGGCAAAGUGUUCCGUCAGAAGUCAUCUCUAGGAAAGCACUGGAGGAUUCAUACUGGAGAGAAACCUUACAAAUGUAAUGAAUGUGGCAAGGUGUUCGGUCAGAAGUCAUCCCUAGGAAAGCACUGGAGGAUUCAUACAGGAGAGAAACCUUACAAAUGUAAUGAAUGUGGCAAGGCCUUCAGAGAAAAGACAUCCCUUACAUGUCAUCAGCGAAUUCAUACUGGAGAGAAACCAUAUGAAUGUAAUGAAUGUGGAAAGGUAUUCCGUGAAAGUUCAGCCCUUGCACAACAUCGGAGAAUUCACACUGGAGAGAAACCUUACAAAUGUGAUGUAUGUGGCAAAAUGUUCAGUCAAAAUUCAAUACUUAUACAACAUCUAAUAAUCCAUACAGGAGAGAAACCUUACAAGUGUAAUGAAUGUGGCAAGGUCUUUAGUCAUAUUUCAAGCCUUGCACAACAUCAGAGAAUUCACACUGGAGAGAAACCUUACAGAUGUAAUGAAUGUGGCAAGGUGUUCAGUCAAAAUUCUCACCUUGCAAGUCAUCGAAGAAUUCAUACUGGAGAGAAACCUUACAAAUGUAGUGAAUGUGGAAAGCUAUUCCGUGAAAGUUCAGCCCUUGCACAACAUCGGAGAAUUCACACUGGAGAGAAGCCUUACAAAUGUAAUGUAUGUGGCAAAAUGUUCAGUCAAAAUUCAGUACUUAUUCAACAUCUGAUAAUUCAUACAGGAGAGAAACCUUACAAAUGUAAUGAAUGUGGCAAGGUCUUUAACCAUAUCUCACAUCUUGCUCGACAUCGGAGAAUUCACACUGGCAGGAAACCUUACAAAUGUAAUGAAUGUGGAAAGGUAUUCCAUCAAACUUCACACCUUGUAAGUCAUCAAAGAAUUCAUACUGGAGAGAAACCUUUCAAAUGUCAUGAAUGUGGCAAAGUCUUUAAUCGUAUUUCACACCUUACAGAACAUCGAAGAAUUCACACUGGAGAGAAACCAUACAAAUGUUAUGAAUGUGGUAAAAUGUUCAGUCGUACAUCAACCCUAGGAAAGCACUCCAGAAUUCAUACUGGAGAGAAACCUUAUAAAUGUAGCGAAUGUGGCAAAAUGUUCAGUCAAAGUUCACACCUUGCAAAUCAUCGAAGAAUUCAUACUGGAGAAAAACCUUAUAAGUGUGAUGAAGGUGACAAACUGUUUAGUCAAAAUUCAUAUCUUAUAUAUCAUCAGAGAAUUCUUACUGGAGAGAAACCUUAUAAAUGUGAAAAGGUUUUCAAUCUAAAGUCAUCUUUAGCACAUCAUCAGAAAGCUCACACUGAAAAGAAAUCUUAGAGGCUCAGC